AUGGUAACCCGUUUUUAAAGCUUUUAAGGCUUUUUGUGUUGUUGAGAGAAUAAAACGUUUUUUUAAAUUAAGGUUUUUUAUUCUUAAAAAGAAACGUCAAGAAGUUAGAUGAAAAAUAUAGUCUCGAUAAAAAAAAUUUUAAGGCGUUUUCCCUAAAUUUUAGGUUGAGAAUGUCUCACUAUUGGAAAUUACUGACAGACCUAGCUACAACUCCAGCCGACCAAUAAACUUGAUUGACUCAAAGUCCAGAACUGACAAACCCGAAAGCAUUCUUUCAAUGGUUGAGCGUAGAAAAGCAUCGGAUGAUGAUGAUUCUGCGAAGGUACCGUUUCUGGUUUUAAAUAUUUUAUCUAUAAUAUGUACUACAGAAAUGAUCUUUCAUCACAAUUUUUUAUAAGGCUAUCGGGAUUUUACAGUAAAAUAACUUUUUUUUAAAGACAAGAAAUUUAGCGCCCUAAACCUCUGCCACGCACAAAAAAGUCGGUUCGUUCCGUCUACUACCCCAUUCACGAGCCGGCCAGAAAAGAUUACGGUUAUGGAACGGGCUCGGAGAGAUUGGAAUUCCGUUCUAAAACGCAUGGCAAGAUAAGCAAGUCCAGCGAAAUAGCUGAAGAUCCGACGCAGGAUUCGCUUGUAACCAACUACGACACCGAACAGUUCGAGAAGGUUUUUGGGAUGCAUCCUCGCAGUUUGGCAACUGGAGUUUUGGAUGCAACACACGUAGGUUUACUCCAGAAUUGUUUAUUUCACUCUUUUUUGAAUUUUGAAAGUAUUCGAAUUAGGAAAACAUCAAAAUCUUCAUUUUAAUUCCAGGGUGAUUUGGCUGAAGAGUUUACUCAAAAUGAAACAGAAAAACACAGUUGUGCAUGCAACCGUAAAGUAACCGUAGCCUCAGAAUCAAAGAAGAACAGAUGGAAUCGGUUUAAGAACAAAUUAAAAAAUGGUCUUUUAUUGACGGCACAAUACGUUGCGGUAAUAACUUUUAUUUUAUAAAGUAUUUGAAUGAUUUUCUCUUUUUUGAUAUAAUAUUUUUCAAAUACUUUCUUAUAGUUUGUUAAUAUGUUGGUUUAGUCAUGUUGUGUCAUUUGCUAUGUUGUAACACCUCCGAUCCCGUCCCUUGUUACUAAGAAAGUGGCAUUUCAUCCACCAAAAGGAGCAAACUACUACUUUGUAAUCAAGAAAGGAGACGGUGAAGAGAUUGUAACGUCGGCAAAGUUUGCGUACGGCCAAACGAUUCUGCGCAUAGAAUUGGAACUUCCUCGUGACUUUAUCAGUUCCCAGGGCAUGGAUAGCCCAUUAGAAGAUAUUGAAGGCUUUGUGGUGAAAACGUCUUUAAACAACUACUUGGCUGGUGUGUUGGUACGAUGCAAGGUGGAAGUCCGUCCGGAGGAAAUGAAAAAGAAAGUGAGUUUUGUUUUAAUUCCUUUGGUUUUAUGAUAACGUUCUUAAUUUUUUAAAAUAUGCCUUACAGUACGCUGCACGUAUUUUUAAGUUCAAAAGUGGCCCAGGAAUUGUAUGCGUAACAAUUGCUAGUUAAAGAUUUUUAGGUUAUUAUUUUUUGCCAGCCAAACAGUUCAAACCUACAGUGUUUUAUGUGGCGGAAUCACUUGUUCUCGGUGAUUAAUUUCCAUGAUAUGGCACAGUUGACGGGCGCCGAUGUAUAUGCAUUUGACUACAGUGGAUUCGGAAUGAGUACCGGUACAACAUUAGAAAAAAAUGUGUAUGCAGAUGUGCGAGCAGUGUUUGAGCAUGUCAGGAAAGAAAGAAUUGACUGCGAAGUAAGCAAAAAUAUGUGCUGUCAUUUUAUAAAAAUUAAAAAGCUUAUAACAUUUAAAAUAUAUCAUUCAACAUAUUUUGAUAAAUUUAUUGCUUUAAAACAAUACUACAGUACUCUUUAGAUAUACAUAAUGGGAUUCAGUUUGGGUACGGCUGCCGCAAUCGACUUAGCAGCAAGUCAGCCGGCUGGUUUAGCUGGCAUCAUUUUGAUGGCACCGUUCACAUCGGGCAUGCGAGUUCUGUGCAACACUCCCCUCAGGGACCAAAGAUACGUCACAGACGCAUUCAGAAGGUGAGUAAAUUUUUAACCUGCCCUUCGCCAAUACCUUAAAGCUUUAUUCUUAUUCCUCAAGAAAAGUUCAGUAACUUUAAGUAAAUUUUCAAUUUUUUUAGUUACGAGAAAGCUCCGUCCGUCGACGUCCCAGUUCUCAUAAAUCACGGUGUACGGGACGAUGUCAUUCCAAUGAGUCACGGAAUGUCGUUGCUGAGGAAGUUCCACAAACCCGUCCCGAUUGAGUUGAUCGAAGGUCGUGAUCACAUUACCAUAAUGCGACCAUUAACAGCGCCCGUAUUUUUGAGAAUCACUAAUUUUAUGAUGUUCGAGGCACCGGAGUACGCUGCAAAGUUUACCAAGGCACAGGUUGUAAAAGAUAUGGAGGAAAAAGCGGAAAAAAUCAAAGCGGACGCUCAAAAGUCAUCACUACGCCAAAUUCGCAAGUCUCGUCGUCCGAAAAACUAA